UGUGUCUUUAAACGUUUGACCGUUACAAGCAUGGCUAGCCAGUUAAAUCAAUCAAAAAAGAGAGGGCUUGAUGAUAUGGACACUCAUACUAGCGAUGGGGAGAUUUCGGAAAAAACUGGAGACUUUCAUAUGAGAGAUGUUAUGCAUGGUAUAAAUAAUAUUCAAAACACUCUGGCCAACCUGUUACUAAGGAUAGAUGGGCAAGGUCGCCAUCUUGAUGAAGUCACAAAGGAUAUCAGAGGAAAACAUGGCAUUCAGGAGAGAUUAGAAAGUGUACAAGAACAAGCGAACGAUACGAUAUAUAUAACCACUGAGCUGCAUGAAAAACAGAAGAAGAUGGAAAGAGAACUUAGCCGAAUGAAGGAUUACAUAGUUCGACUGGAGUAUUGUGUAAAGACUCAAAGUGAGCAAAUUCUAGAGCUUAAAACUAGAGCAAUGGAAGAUAAUAUCAUAGUGAGUGGAGUAGAUGAAAAGGCGCCCGAGAUUAAAAAUCCAGAAAACCUUGCCAAGAUCAUUAGCAACGUGUUCACUGCAGAGAUGGAGAUACCAGCAGAGACUGUGGAUAGCCUACAGAUCUAUAAAUUGUUCAGAAUGGGUGAGUACGAUAAACAACGAAAAUAUCCUAGGCCAAUUUGUGUUCAAUUUGCGAACAAAUCACACAAAGAUAUCGUAAUGAGGCACAUUAAAAUUCUUAAGGAUAAGCAGUCACCAAUAAGAGUGUCCCAACAUCAACCGGAAGAAAUCAGAGAAAAAAGGAAACACCUAUAUGAUGUACAGAAACAAUACGCGGACCGUAACAUAGAGACCGUGUUGAAGGGUCAAAAACUCAUUUUCACACAAAGCAAAUCUGUGUAUAGAGAUAAAAUUGGUAGCCGACCUAUGGCCGAUGAGAUCAUCAGUGGAGAAGAGGUAAAGAUCGCGAUCAGUACGGGGAAGACCACAGAAGAUAAUGGAAACCGGUUUGCUGCCCACUCAACGCCAGUAGAUUCCUAUAAACAGGUGAGGCGAUCGCUUGUGGAAGUUAUGCGUACAGAAAACACUGCCAGUGCAAGUCACAAUAUAUAUGCGUUCCGAUUUUCCACUAGUGAUGGAACAGCGCAUGAGGGAUCUGAAGAUGACGGCGAGCACGGAGCCGGGAGAAUGUUACUCAAAGCACUCGCUGAUAAUGAUAUAAAUAACGCACUGGUGGUCGUCUCGCGGUGGUGUGGUAGUAAAAUCGGACCCAGACGUUUCACACAUAUCAACGAGGUUGGGUUAAGUGCAGCAAGAAAUAUGCCAGUCCCCGUCUGA